CUUAACUUCGCUGUCUGCAAUUCUUCUAAAUCUCUUAGUCAUGGUGACAAUCUACAGGACCACAUCGCUACAGACACCUUCGAGGUUAUUGCUAUGCUCUCUGGCACUCGCUGACCUUCUCUUAGGACUUGUAGCUCAACCAGCGACUGCUCUUUUCUACCUUUCAGCGUUCAGCAACUGGUUGGACAUCUUUUGUGUUUCAUGGGUAGUUAUGACGCAAGGGGGAUAUUCUAUUGGAGCCGUUUCGUUCAUGACUUUGGCGGCUAUGAGUGUAGACAGAUGUUUAGCGAUCAAGAUCAAAAAUAGGUACAAAUUAACGGUGACGAAGCGAAGAACCUUUAUCCUCAUCGUUGUAGUUUGGGUGUUCACGGCUACAUCCAUGAAUACGGGUUUGUUGUUUUUUAAUUCUAAGCAACGUCAAUACAACACCUUUAUAGUUUCAUUUAUUUUACUUCUGGUUAUAAGUGUCUCGUUUUCGCUUGCUUAUUGCUCGUUGAAGAAGAUAUCAGUGAGAAUGUCGCAAGCAAGUCAAAUAAGGACAACGGCGAACAAAGUGGGACCAAUGCAAGAUGCUAGUCCAUGUCAAAGACAAACAACAUUAGAGCAUUCAGUACGAGAACCAGACCCAAGCAAAAGAGCCCAGUCUUCAUCGCCGUUCAACGUGAAUAAAUAUAAAAAAUCACUUAACACAAUGCUUAUGAUCCUACUUCUCAACCUAGUAGUUUACCUACCCUUGCUUUGUUUCAGCAUCGCAGAAGUGAUGGUUUCGAUUCCAAGACAACACAGUAUUGUCUAUUUCCAAUAUAACGGUAUGUUAAUGGCAUUUAAUUCAACUUUGAAUCCAAUCUUUUAUCUUUGGCGAAUGAAGGAUUUGAGAAGAGCGUUAAAGGCACUUUUGACGCGGAGAACAGCAACGAACGAGUGAUUGAAUCUGUUUUAAAUUGAUUCAAACUAUCUUUUAUCUCUGGCGAAUGAAGGAUUUGAGGAAAGCGUUAAAGGCACUUUUGAAGCGGAGAACAGCCACGAACGAGUGAUUGCAUCUGUUUUAAUUUGAUUCAAACUAUCUUUUAUCUCUGGCGAAUAAAGAAUUUGAGAAACGCGUUAAAGGCACUUUUGACGCGGAGAACAGCAAAGAAUUCAUAGGUUUUUGUAAAAUGUAUUGGAACUGAUUUAAACUGGUUAAUGGAUUGACUUUGGUAUAUAUGGCCGAUGAUGAACAGUAACAUUGUAUGGCAAGCCUCUUGCUUUUUCAUUCUCACGGGAAAGUUUACAAGCAUGCUGUACGUUUUUGUUUUUUUUCACUUUGGAACUCUUCGCAAGGACUCCGUCUAAUCUCAGUUAUUUAACAUUAUUAGUUCGCUUUUCUAAGUUUAAUUUUGGAAUUUAAAAAUUGAUUUUUGCAGAGGGAGGCGUCAGAGAAACUGGAUGGAGAAAAACCUCGAAACACAGGAGAGAACCAACAAGCAACUCUUACGACACCGAGGCGGGACUCCAUCCCGAGUCGCAUUUGUCAGAGGCGAGCGCUCUCACCGCUACACCACCUGGUUUCGCAAAGU